CUUCCCGUUAAGCCUGCUUCCUGCACCACGGGGUUGACUGCACCAACACCCCCACCGAGGAGCCGGCCUCUAGGGGACCCCUGCGAGAAGCUGGCAAAGGGUGACCCACUUUUUUUUUUUUUUUUUGCCUGAAGUCCUUAACGGCUAAACAGGCCACUCGACAAACUUUGACAAGCACCAAAGGAGAACUGAGAACAAAUACAUCAGAGGAAGAGGAAAAGCAAAUGCUAAAACCUGGAUGGCUUUCCCCCUGCUGUGGUUCCAGCUGCAGCCUGGGAUUAAUUAAGUGCUGUGAAGUCAGUGCCUGAGAGAGAAGGGGGAAAAUGCAUUCUAUCUCUAAGGAAGGAGUGUAGUAUCAGCUCUCACUGAGCGAGAAGCCCAGGGAAGUGCAUCGCGGCCGCUGUCAGCGCUUGUGGAGGGACUGGAGGGACAGGGUGGCCGCGCCAGGCUGGAGGAGGCUUGCCUUUCCAAAGCUGGAGAGGAUUUCUCGGGGGCUCUCCUUCCCGUGGUGCCCGGGAAGAAUCUCCCCUCUGCUAGCAGCACCCGUGGCUGCGGCAACAGCCCUACCUCCUCUUCUGGGGAACGGGGCAGAAUGCCUGUGCUGGAGCACUAUUUCCACUCGGCAGAGCUAGGCAGGCGGUGGACAGCCCCAGAAGGUGUGCUGCCCUCCUCCCCGGGCGGCCGGCCGGGGUGCCAGCAGGGGCCGCUGCCCUGGGACUUGCCAGAGAUGAUCAGGAUGGUCAAGCUGGUUUGGAAAUCCAAAAGUGAGCUGCAGGCGACCAGGCAGAGAGGCAUCCCGGAGAGUGAAGAUGCUCUGCACAGCUUUCCAGGAGAUGUACGACUAAGGGGUCAGACGGGGGUUCCUGCUGAACGCCGCGGCUCCUACCCAUUCAUUGACUUCCGCCUACUAAACAAUACAACACACUCAGGGGAAAUUGGCACCAAGAAAAAAGUGAAAAGACUGUUAAGCUUUCAAAGAUACUUCCAUGCAUCGAGGCUGCUUCGUGGAAUUAUCCCACAAGCCCCUCUCCACCUGCUGGAUGAAGACUACCUUGGACAAGCAAGGCAUAUGCUCUCCAAAGUGGGAAUGUGGGAUUUUGACAUUUUCUUGUUUGAUCGCUUGACAAAUGGAAACAGCCUGGUAACGCUGCUGUGCCACCUCUUCAACACCCAUGGACUCAUUCACCAUUUCAAGUUAGAUAUGGUGACCUUACACAGGUUUUUAGUCAUGGUUCAAGAAGAUUAUCACAGCCAAAACCCGUAUCACAAUGCUGUCCAUGCAGCCGAUGUCACCCAGGCCAUGCACUGCUACCUGAAGGAGCCAAAGCUCGCCAGCUUCCUUACACCCCUGGACAUCAUGCUUGGACUGUUGGCUGCAGCAGCCCACGAUGUUGACCACCCAGGAGUGAACCAGCCGUUUUUGAUCAAAACUAACCACCAUCUUGCCAACCUAUAUCAGAAUAUGUCUGUGCUGGAGAAUCACCACUGGCGAUCUACAAUUGGCAUGCUCCGAGAAUCCAGGCUUCUUGCUCACUUGCCAAAGGAAAUGACACAGGAUAUUGAACAGCAACUGGGCUCCUUGAUCUUGGCAACAGACAUCAACCGGCAGAAUGAAUUUUUGACCAGAUUGAAAGCUCACCUCCAAAAUAAAGACUUAAGGCUGGAGGAUGUACACGACAGGCACUUUCUGCUCCAGAUUGCCUUGAAGUGUGCUGACAUUUGCAACCCCUGCAGAAUCUGGGAGAUGAGCAAGCAGUGGAGUGAAAGGGUCUGUGAAGAGUUCUACAGGCAAGGUGACCUUGAACAGAAAUUUGAACUGGAAAUCAGUCCUCUCUGUAACCAACAAAAAGACUCAAUUCCUAGUAUACAAAUUGGUUUCAUGACCUACAUCGUGGAGCCACUCUUCCAAGAAUGGGCCCGUUUCACCGGGAACAGCGCCCUGUCUGAGAACAUGCUAAGCCAUCUUGCACACAACAAAGCCCAGUGGAAGAGCCUGCUGCCCAAGCAACGCAGAAGCAGUGGUGGUGGCUGUGCUGGUGGCAGCCCAGACCACACCGACCACGGGACCGAGGAUGAGGAUCAGACUGUGACAGAAGGCAUCGCCCCCUAGUGCCAGCCAGGCCUGCCCCCUGCUCUGCACACAGAGAAGGAGAACCGCCUUGAGCAGAGACCUCCUGAGAGGGGCGUUCUAGGGGUUCUUGACCAUCAACCCAGCCGCUCUCUGGGUUUCCUCCUCGGGCUCUUUGGAAUGCCACCUUGCUCCCACUCACCUGCCUCCCUUCCUUCUUCCCCGUGUACAGAAGCCAUUCGUCACCUCAGUAUUCGCUGCCAAAAUGAGCAACUCCAUUCAGUAACACGGGAGCCGAGUCCAGGGGCAGGCCUGCCCCUCACGGAGAAGACUGGGAGAAAGAAAGAGGUGCUACUGCCAUGUCCCCACGGCCCUGGGUCACAUUGUGACAGGCAGCAGUUCCUAAAUCCAGAGCAUUUUAGCAUUUGCCAUCUGACUGCUAAUCUGCAUGACAAAAACACCAGCAUAUUUGGAACACCGAGGAUAUUGGUCUUAACGUGCAAGAGCACAGAUGAGAGCAUGAGAGAAAGGACCAUCUAUUUUAAUAAUAAUUAUUAUUAUCAUCCAAUAAUAAUAAAUCUUUUUAACUUUUAUAUUUUAUGCACUAGACAAAUGGAUCUAAAACUUUGGAUUAAGAUUCCUCAGUGUACCCGAACUUGAACAGGGGGUUCAUGGUUUUGUUACUGACUUUAUGCCACUUUGGGUCAGAGAUUUGGCAUCUUCUCAACUUCAGAAUCCACGUUUCCUAUCCGAUCUGAGGGGAAGGUGCUGUACAGUUCAUUCCUUUGCACCAUUAGCCAACCUGUCUUUUAUCGAUAACUCCGUUUCCGUGACAUGUUUAUAUUCACCACAUGUACAUUUUCUGUAAAUACCGAGCGCUACUGAUCCCCAUGCCAAAAUACAUGAGUAUUAUGGGAUUGCUACCUGUAUAAACAAUGGCACUGUGAACAGAAUCCCGUUAGUUUUACUACAAGAGAAUGCAUUUGUAAAUAUGGUAUAGAGUUUAUUAAUAUUCUAUUGUUUGCAGAUAAAGGCCUUAACUUUAAACACCUUUCAUCUUCUGAAAGCUGCCCAACUCCAAUCCUCACAGAUGCCCUUCUGAACCACCUUCCCAUAUCCACUUUUCUGCAUCCCAGCUAAGGUCACCCACCAAGCCCGAUCACAUCUUUGAGGAAAGAUUCUGGAAACUUCACGUGCAUUCCGCUUGAGACCACAGCGUUUGACCUGUGGCACCAAGCAUCAUUUCCUCAGAUGAACGAGACCCUUCGGCAAGCCUGAAGUCACUUUCCCACACAGCGAUGUUGCACACUGUCCCCCAAGCCUGCCGAUGAGCUUAUGUUUAUGUGACUCUUAUCAUGGAGCAUGGCAGUGUGUCAGCCUUGCAGGAGACAUAGCAGGUCUCAGGAGCCUCCAAGGCCCUGUCAUUUAAGCGUCAGGGAACCCCCUGCUCCCCUCCCACCCUCCCGCCUAUGGCUGCAGCACCAAAGCACCUUUGGUUAAUGGUUGGCAUGCAUUUCUUUGGUGUUCAUCGUAACUGGGUUUUUCUUUUUCCGUAAUUUCAUAUGAACUGCUACCCACCUGUUUAGCUGAAGACGGGUGACAUUAUUUAAGUAAAGAACCUAUUCCCAUUUUCUCACAGAAUUGACCUUCCUGCCAGGUCCUUAUGCUUAAUCAUGCCUGUCACUAGCAGAAUCACCUGAGAAUUUUGUGGCCAUAUUUUUUUCUGCAAACACGUGGCUGUAAAUCAGCCUGUGACAGUCUUCUCUAGUCAGCUAACCUUUGCGCAUUGAGCCUUCUGUUUAGAAGUCCCAGCAUCAAUAAUGUUAGGGGGAAAUGGUCACUGCCCCUUUCUCUUUACUUAAAUGGUGUGGUGGUGGAAGGCGACUUCAUGAUCCUUUCUGCCACCAUCAAGCUGUUUCCCAAUAGAACGCCAGUUAACUAUCGUUUUCUACGUGCAGCUUUUAUUUCUCCUAACGUACAGAUGAAGUGUUUAAAACUUGACUGGACUGUAAGAAGUUCCCGCAGAGAGACUAAGGCUUGCGGAGUUACGGUGAAGGGAAAUUUUGGAACGUUGGUUAUAGUUUUAUUGAAUAUGGAGUGAUUGUCAGAUGGCAGUAAAGAAAGUGUGAAAACCUCAUGAAAUGGAUGGAUUUGAUAAGUUGAAAUAGUUGGUAGGGGUAAGAAGGGAAGUUGUGAAAACUAAACACUAACUUUAUUUUUUUUUUUCUGUAAUAACUAUGAACUGACAGAUGAUUCUUUAUUGCUGUAAUACUCGGAAGCUCUCAGGUUGGUAGGGCCCAAAAGGGAAGAACUUGAAUGUAUUCCUGCUUCCAAACCUCACUUAUUUUGGUUUGAGGAUGCAGAAAGGGCUUUUGAGUCAUCUGUUUUUAAUGUACGUGAGAUCAAAUCAAGGACAGCAGUUACUGGGGACAAUACAGUAGAGAUUAGAAAGAAAAGGCUAUUUUAGCUCUACCUUGACUUUAGGAAAUGGACUUUGUUUAAAUUAUAUUUAUAUUGUAAAUUAAAUAAAUAAUAUUGGGAAUGUUGUUAGUAGGUCCAACUUUCUAGGGCCAAAGUAUUUAUGCUACAAUUAGGUCUUAAAGAAAAACCCACAGAGAAAACUACCAAAUAUCCAGGGGUUAAGCCUAGGAAGCAGCUACUGGUACAAUAAAAAAUCAGAAGUAAAAUGAGACAUGAUGCAUUUGUGGCCUCCAUUCAGUCAUCUGGAGAUUUCUUGAGUUCUUUAUUUUUAGGCAAAACAAGAGAAUGUGAAAACAUUUUUUUUUUCUUGCCUACCAGUAGCUCUCUUGCAAUAUUUCAGUGGAAGGAGUCCAGUUACCAGUCAAGACAGCUGCGGAUCAUCCAGGGACCUUAUCUCCACAUUCUUCUUCUGGUCCAUGGGCCACUGACAGCUGACUUGAGUUUAAUUAUUUCGUUGCUUGAGAAGAAAUGGGUCAAAGGGCUAUUUUUAGUAAGCAAGGUAAAUGAAAAUCAAAUUAAAAGAGAGAAAGAGACUAAAUAACACUGCCAGGCCUGAUAGGCACAUCUGCUUUUCCUUGUAACAGCCUCUGGGAAUAGUCAGAACCUUGUUCAUGAAACCCUGACCCAUCGGGUUUCACUCAGCCCCUGCUAGGCUGAGUCAAGACCCCACUGUUUCUAGUGCUUAAGGCUUCCCACAAGGGGACUCGGAGCGCAUCCUGCAACACUGUCCCCAUAUAUCGCUUCCUACAAAAUACAGACCUGUUUUGUAACUUCUCUCAUGUAGAAUCAGAUAUGCUCAUUGAUUUGAAAAAUGGUUAUGAGCUUGUAUUUCACUGUAUUUCUUACGCUUUGUUCUUUCUUUUAAGCAAACCCUUAAAACUGUUGUUUUGUGUACACAAGUAAGUUGUGGUGUUUUUUUUUUGGGGGGGGGGGGAGAACAAAAAACACUCUGUGAGUUUUUUGCUCAAAAUGUGGCCUAAAUAUCCAUCGGCAUGUCUAGAUAAACAAUCAAAAUAAAGAUAAUUUCUUAAAAAUAUAA